CCGUCUUCAACAUUUGACUUCGACAUCGUCUUCAUUUCUCGAUUUUCUGCCCAUUCUUCCUCUGAUUCCUCCAUAUGUAACCUUGCAAUGGCAGGCAGUCAGGAGAAAGGAAACAUGCCGACCCCACGCACAUCCUCUCAGAAGAAACAGCCCGUCUCGGGAUCCCAGGGCAAGACCCAGAGCUCCAUUAUGGGCUUCUUCAAGAAGGCGUCGACCAAUUCUCCCACACCGGCACCGUCAGCUCCUACAGCCGCCAUGAAGACACCGACCCCGUCUCUCUCCAAGAGCUCGUUCACGAAACCCAGGCUGCCAGCAACCCUCGCUCCGCAGCCAAGCAGCGAUGGCCCCGAGCCGUCGAGCCCGUUGGUCAAGUUGGAGAAGGUCCCUGACGGGAAUGAUAAGGAGAAGGUUGUUACGCCGCAGGCAACGGAGGCUAACCGUGGCGAGUCAGAGGUCCCAGGGACAGUGGGCAGUCCUUCGCGGAAGGCUAAGAAAGCUGUGAAUUAUGCCGAGUCCGACGACGACGACGAGGAGGAGGAGGAGUUUGGAUCUAUUGGGAAUAAUAACGCGAGGAAGGGUCGUGCUAUUAAAAGGAGAAGGGUGAGCUUGGAAGACUCGGAUGAUGAGUUUGGAUUGGAUGCUGCUACGCAGGCGGCUAUGCUUGAAGACGACAUGGAUGACUUCAUAGCACCGGACGACUCAGACGAAGAUGCCAAAGUCCCCUCAAAACGGAAGAGACAACAAUCGGGCAAGUCAAGUAAGAAGGCUACACCUCCAAGGUCAUCGCCGCCUCCUGCAACAUUUGCGGCCGAAACUACGGAAGACGUGGUCAUGACGGGCACUUCCACGGCACAACAGUGGACCUACGAUCCUGAGAACCUUGAGCCUCUGAAUCCCCGACCUACCACCCUGCCCACAAAGAAGAGUGCUGCAAAGCCCUCAAAACAGAGACCCUCAGCUUCUGAACCAGAGAAACGCUACCCUUGGUUGGCCAAUAUCCAAGACGCCGAUCGACACUCUCCGGACCACCCUGAUUACAAUCCCAGCACCAUUUAUAUCCCUCCGUUGGCAUGGGAAAAGUUUUCCGCUUUCGAGAAGCAGUACUGGGAGAUCAAGCAGAAAUUCUGGGAUAGCAUCGUCUUCUUCAAAAAAGGCAAAUUCUACGAGCUAUACGAGAAUGAUGCCACCAUAGGGCACCAGCUGUUUGAUCUCAAACUGACUGAUCGUGUUAACAUGCGUAUGGUGGGAGUACCCGAGGCUUCUCUUGAGAUGUGGGCGAGUCAGUUUGUGGCGAAGGGCUACAAGGUCGCCCGUGUUGACCAGAUGGAGUCGGCACUUGCCAAAGAGAUGCGCGAAAGAGAUGGCACCGCGUUGGCAAAGAAACCAAAAGAAGACAAAAUCAUUCGACGAGAGCUGGCUGCUGUCUUGACGGCCGCCACGCUAGUUGACACAGGCAUGCUGCAAAAUGAUAUGUCCACAUACUGUAUGGCCAUCAAAGAGAUUGACCGGGACAACCUGCCAGCCUUUGGUGUGGCAUUUGUCGACUGUGCCACCGCUCAUUUCCAGCUUUGCGAGUUCACCGAUGAUAUCGACUUGACCAGGUUCGAGACGCUGAUCGCUCAGAUGCGUCCCGGUGAGCUGUUGCUGGAAAAGUCGUGCAUCUCGGCAAAGGCGAUGCGCAUCCUGAAGAACAACACGUCUCCAACAACGAGAUGGGAGAUAUUGAAGCCCAAUAAAGAGUUUCUGGCUGCCGACAUGGCUGUUCGCGAGAUCGACGCCGGCAAGUACUUUGAGUCGGAGACGGAGGACGACAUCGAGGCAUGGCCGCCAGUUCUCCGGGAAGCGCGUGAGCAAGAGCUGGUCAUGUCUGCAUUCGGCGCGCUGCUCUACCAUCUCCGCAACCUGAAGAUCGAACGUGAGCUUGUCACUCUCGGCAACUUUGAGUGGUACGAUCCCAUACGCAAGGCGACCAGUCUUGUACUAGACGGGCAGAGCUUGAUCAACCUUGAGAUAUUCGCCAAUAAUUUCGACGGUUCCGGUCAAGGUACGCUGUUCGCUAUGCUUAACAGAUGCGUCACACCCUUUGGCAAGCGAAUGCUUCGGCAAUGGGUAUGCCAUCCGUUGGCUGAUGCAGACAAGAUCAAUGCUCGCCUGGAUGCUGUUGAUGCGCUGAACGCGGACCCCAGCAUCACUGACAAGUUCACUUCCUCCCUUGCCAAGCUUCCUGAUUUAGAGCGACUCAUCUCGCGUGUACAUGCUGGUCGUUGUAAGGCCAAGGACUUUCUGAAGGUUCUGGAAGGCUUUGAGCAGAUUGAGUAUACGAUGGAUCUGCUCAAAGAGCACCGAGAAGGCGAGGGCGUCAUUGGGCAGCUAGUUGCCGCGAUGCCAAACCUGAAGGCAAUCCUGGGAGGCUGGAAGGAAGCCUUUGACCGCGAUACGGCUAGGGACGAUGGGAUCCUUGUGCCUGCUCCUGGCGUGGAGGAGGACUUUGACAACAGCCAACAGACCGUCGACAGCUGUCUUUCUGACUUGGACAAACUGCUGAAGAAGGCUCGAAAGGAGUUAGGCACCAACUCUGUGGAGUACCGCGACAACGGCAAGGAGAUCUACCAAUUGGAGGUCCCCAAGAAGGUCAAGGUUCCUUCGAGCUGGGACCAGAUGUCUGCCACUGCAAAGGUCACCCGCUACUAUACUCCCGAACUUCGUAAGCUCAUCCGGUCUUUGCAAGAAGCGCAGGAAACGCAUAGUCAGAUCGUCCGUGAUGUCGCGGGCCGCUUUUACAGACGCUUUUCGGAGAACUACAAGGACUGGCUCGCUGCCAUCAAGAUCAUUGCUCAGCUGGACUGCCUCAUCAGUCUGGCAAAAGCUUCAGCUUCAUUGGGCCAACCCAGCUGCAGACCAGUAUUCUCAGAGUCUAAACGGACUGUUAUUGAGUUUGAGGAGCUGCGUCAUCCCUGCAUGCUCAACAGUGUCGAGAACUUCAUCCCCAAUGACAUCAAACUGGGCGGUGACAGUGCCAACAUUGAUCUCCUGACUGGUGCCAAUGCGGCCGGAAAGUCCACAAUCUUGCGCAUGACCUGCAUCGCCGUCAUCCUCGCCCAAAUCGGCUGCCACCUCCCCUGCGUCUCCGCCACCCUCACCCCGAUCGAUCGCAUCAUGUCCCGUCUCGGUGCCAAUGACAACAUCUUCGCCGCACAGUCCACCUUCUUCGUCGAGCUCUCCGAAACCCAAAAGAUCCUUUCCGAAGCGACUCCCCGCUCGCUCGUCAUCCUCGACGAACUGGGACGCGGAACGUCGUCGUAUGAUGGCGUUGCCGUGGCACAGGCGGUGCUGCACGAUGUUGCCACGAGAGUGGGCUGCGUGGGGUUCUUUGCGACGCAUUAUCGGAGUUUAGCCAAGGAAUUUGAGUCCCAUCCCGAAGUCCGCAAUAAGAGGAUGGCGAUCCACGUCGACGAUGCCUCUAAAUCUAUAACUUUUCUGUACAAACUCGAGGAUGGUGUCGCGGAAGGGAGUUUCGGGAUGCAUUGCGCGGCCAUGUGCGGGAUUCCGGAGAAGGUGGUUAGGAAUGCAGAGGUGGCGGCCGAGAUGUGGGAACAUACGAGCCGGUUGGGGGAGAGGAUGGAGAUUAGGAAGGAAGAGGGGGAAGUGUAUGUGCCGCUGGGGAUGCAGAGCGAUGUUGCUUGGCUGUUGAGAGAGGGGGUAGAGGGCGUUGGGGAGAGGGCUUUGGAAGUGCUGUUGAACGCUAUUGAGGGGUUGUAAUCGGGAGACUGCAGUGGAGUAGCUAUGGGUAUGUAUUUGUGCAGUGGGGAGUACAUGGCGAGAGGUACGUUGCGCAUGGUUUUGAAGAACUGAGCUUUUUGGCGUCCUGAGCGAGAGAUCGGGAGAUACUGUGGUGGAUAUACCAGGCAGGUCGUAUCGUUUAGCAUCUUCUUUCGCAUCAUGGCGAGAUGCAUCUGUCUUCCAAUCGUUCUUGGGUGUUCGAAAAAGGUACAAGACAUUUACAGCAUAUACCUUAGAGCAUGCAUGUAUUCGGUAGAGCUGCACAAUGAGGUGGCAUACU